AUGCUGAAAUGCUUGGGAAUAUUUGCCUAUAUUGUGGUUCUCUACGCUUCUGUUCCAUCAAAAUUCGAAAUGAACGAUUACGAGAGCCUGCAAUUCGAUCGAAGUAUUCCUGAAUAUGAAACUGUACUCACUCCUGGCGAUUUCGAGCUUGGAGCCGAAAUAGUAGACAAUUUACAAAUACGUGAUGUAGAUUCCGAUGCAAUGUAUGGAACAACCAGAUUUGAAGGAGAUAUUGCGAACGAAAAUCUGAACGCAUCAACUGUAGAGUUAUUUUUGAACGGUGGAGCGCGACCAGGCACUGGAAAUUGGUACAAUGCCAUUAGAAAUCGACAUCAACUCUGGCCAAAUGGUCGAAUACCUUAUACAAUUAGUAGUCAAUAUAGCAGUUACAGUCGUUCUUUGAUAGCUGCUUCAAUGCAAGAGUACUCAACCCAUACCUGUAUACAAUGGGUUCCAAAAACUAACAACGAUGUUAAUUAUGUUUACAUAUUUCCUGAUAGAGGAUGCUACUCAAUGGUCGGAAAAAUCGGAGGAAAACAGUCACUAUCACUUGGUUCCGGAUGCAUUCAGAAAGGUAUCAUCAUCCACGAACUGAUGCAUGCUGUAGGAUUUUUUCACGAACAAAGUCGGACAGACAGAGAUGACUAUAUAACUAUUCUUUGGAAUAAUAUUCAACCUGGAAUGCAAGGUCAAUUCGAAAAAUAUGGACAAGGUACCAUUCAAUCACUUGGAACGACUUACGACUACUCCUCCAUCAUGCACUACGGUGGAAAGGCUUUCUCACGCAACGGUCAACCAACGAUGGUCCCGAAGCAAAAAGGUGCACAGAUCGGUCAACGAGGAGGUUUUUCGAAAACAGAUAUUUAUAAAAUCAACAAGCUAUAUGGUUGCCCUGAUGGUGAGAAGCCUGAAAGUACUGCAGAACCCGAAAGUACGACUACGAGUACUGCAGCUCCGGAGACGACCACAACUCCGAUGGUCCCGUCAACGAUACGGACCCUGCAACCAUCUCCGGUCACUCUCCCGGUCAUCGUUCCCGAAUGCAAGAAUAUGAGGGGAGAUUGCGAUGAACUUGGAAGGCAAGGUUGGUGCGAGCGUAAUCCAGCUUGGAUGAAGAUAUACUGCCCUAUACCAUGUGGAUUCUGCGAAAAUAAGCCUACUACGGAAACGACGUUUACUCCACCGCCAACUACACCACUACCUCCGAGCGAUUGUGAAGAUCUCCGAGUUGACUGUUUAACUCUGGUAUCGCAGAGGUAUUGCAAGUUGUCGCAAAAUUUCAUGAAGACGUAUUGUGCAAAAAGUUGCGGUUACUGCUUCAAACCUCCUCCGCUUGAGAUAAGCACACAAUCACCUACUCUUAAUACUAAUCAGCCGCUGAUCACGAUGUGGAGGACAUCCACGAGCGCACCUGUUUUGACCACCAGCACAUUGUUCCCGACACUGGCUCCACCGACUCCGACCGCGUGCAGAGAUCGCAAACACUUCUGUGCGCACUGGAAAACGGCUGGAUUUUGUGAGGGAAUUUUCAUGAAUUACAUGAAGAAGAACUGUCCGGCUUCGUGUGGAUUAUGCUGA